ACACAGUACCUAGCGUCGCUUCCACCACCUCGCGACUCCCUUUUAAAUUCGUGGAUCGAUUGACGGCCUCGCAGUUGGGUCUCUUCGCAGUGAAGGUCAACCCGGUCAGCACGCUGAGGUAUCCCUUGCUAGUCUCCAAGGCAUUUGAAACAAGUAUCAACCUAGUCCGUCAGUACAGCAAUACCUUCAAAAUGCCUGUCAAGUCCGUCAAGGCCCGCAACAUCUUCGACUCACGUGGCAACCCCACUGUUGAGGUUGACCUAGUAACUGAGUUGGGUCUCUUCCGUGCCGCUGUACCCUCUGGUGCUUCCACUGGUGUUCAUGAGGCUUUGGAACUUCGUGAUAAUGACAAAUCACAGUACCAUGGCAAGAGUGUUCAGAAGGCCAUUGAUAAUGUCAACAACAUUAUUGCCCCUGAGCUCAUCAAGUCUGGUCUUGAAGUCACUCAGCAGAAGGAAAUUGAUGAGCUGAUGCUCAAGCUUGAUGGAACUGAGAACAAGGCUAAGCUGGGUGCCAAUGCUAUUCUUGGUGUGUCUCUUGCAGUUUGCAAGGCUGGUGCUGCCAAGAAGGGAAUUCCUCUGUACAAACACAUUGCUGAUCUGGCUGGCAACACCAACAUUAUCCUCCCUACCCCUGCCUUCAAUGUGAUCAACGGAGGUUCUCAUGCUGGCAACAAACUAGCCAUGCAGGAAUUUAUGAUCCUUCCUACUGGUGCUUCUUCAUUCAAGGAGGCCAUGAAGAUGGGCUCAGAAGUCUACCACCAUUUGAAGAACAUCAUUAAGGCCAAGUUUGGCCUUGACUCAACAGCUGUUGGUGAUGAGGGUGGCUUUGCUCCCAACAUUCUGAAUAACAAGGAGGGACUGACACUUAUCAUUGAUGCAAUUGCCAAGGCUGGUUACACUGGCAAGGUUGAGAUUGGUAUGGAUGUGGCUGCAUCUGAAUUUUACAAGGAUGGUCAGUAUGAUCUGGACUUCAAGAACCCCAACUCCGACAAAAGCCAGUGGCUGUCUGGAGAGAAACUGACGGACCUCUACAUGGAAUUCAUUAAGGAAUUCCCUAUGGUUUCCAUUGAAGACCCCUUUGACCAGGAUCACUGGGAUGCCUGGACCACCAUCACUGGCAAGACCAACAUCCAGAUUGUUGGUGAUGACUUGACUGUGACCAACCCCAAGCGUAUUCAAAUGGCCGUUGAUAAGAAGGCCUGCAACUGCUUGCUCCUGAAGGUGAACCAGAUUGGUUCAGUCACUGAAUCAAUUCAGGCUCAUCUUCUUGCCAAGAAGAAUGGCUGGGGAACCAUGGUUUCUCAUCGCUCUGGAGAAACUGAAGACACCUUCAUUGCUGACCUGGUUGUAGGUCUUAGCACAGGACAGAUCAAGACUGGUGCACCUUGCCGCUCUGAGCGUCUGGCCAAGUACAAUCAAAUCCUGCGUAUUGAGGAGGAACUUGGUGCUGGUGCCAAGUAUGCUGGCAAGAACUUCCGCAAACCUGUCUAAAUAAGUUUAACUAAUGUACCUUUUUUAUUUUGGGAGGUUUCCUUGGCCUUCAAUGAUAAAUCUAGGUCUAUUACUCAUGAAACAUUCUGUUGUACAUCAGUUAUUGAAGCUUCAUUUUCUAGUAAGCAACA